CACCGUCACGCCCAAAAUGUUUGAGAAUGUGUGCGCUAUCCCGCUCGACCACGAUCUGUUCGCGCAGGCGAUCCAUCCCGAGGAACCAAUUGUCGCGGUAGGACUCGCCUCCGGCCAUGUUCAGACAUACAGGCUGCCCCCGGGUGCAAGCGACGACAGCGACAAUGACGCGACAUUGGCCUCGGAGAAUGGAUUCGGGCACAUAGAAACGGCAUGGAAGACGCGGCGGCACAAGGGAAGCUGCAGGACUCUUGCGUAUAGCCUGGAUGGUGCGCAGUUGUACUCUGCUGGCACAGAUGGCAUCGUAAAGGUCGCCGAUUCUGCAACGGGCCAAGUCACUGCAAAGAUAGCUAUUCCGCUGGACCCUGCAAACAAUGGCAUCGAUGCCCCGACACUCGUCCACGCCCUCUCCCCGCAAUCGCUGAUCGUCACCACCGACUCGUCCGCUCUCCAUAUCUACGAUAUCCGACAGCUGGGCGGCAAAUCAGCACUGAAGCCCCAAGACACGCACCACCCUCACGACGACUACAUUUCCUCCCUCACACCUCUCCCGGCGACGCAAGCGAGCACCAGUGGCUUCAGCAAGCAAUGGGUCACAACAGGCGGGAGCACACUGGCAGUCACUGAUCUGCGGAGAGGCGUCAUGGUUCGCAGCGAGGACCAAGAUGAAGAGCUGCUCACCUCGCUCAUUGUGACCGGCCUCUCUACCAAGGGCACCAACGUCGGCGAGAAGGUCAUCGUGGGUGCAGGCAAUGGCGUUCUCACUUUGUGGGAGCGCGGAGUCUGGGACGAUCAAGAUGAGCGCAUCGUUGUCGACCGCUCCAAGGGAGGUGGAGAAAGCCUGGACUCCAUGGCGCUACUGCCCGACGGCGUCGGACCUGGUGGAAAGAUCGUCGCAGUAGGCAUGGGCAACGGCGACAUACGCUUUGCCAAGAUUGGACCCAACAAGAUUGUCGCAGAGCUCAAACACGAUGAGCUGUCACACGAAGGCGUCAUCGCCCUUGGCUUUGAUGUCUCUGGCAGGAUGAUCAGUGGUGGUGGCAAGACUGUAAAGGUGUGGGGUGAGAAGACCUGGCAAGAUGUCGAUGAAGACGAGGACAAAGAAAUAGAAGACAGCACAGCAAUUGGAAAGCGCGAACACGACAGCGAUUCAAACCAGGAUAGCGAUGAGGAUAUGGAAGACAGCAGCGAAGAGGAUGAGCCCAAGCAAAAACGCAAGAAGAGGAAGCGGAACAAGGGCAAGCAGCAGAGCGGGCAUGCUCGGUUUAGGCAGAGAGCAGACGAUUGCAACUGCUUCCUAUCGGUCGACGCGGAGACACUCGCCAAAACCUCUGUUUUCCAGACCGCCACCGCCGAUGGCCCUGUGGGAGUGCAUGGGCAACUGGACGAGCAUGCACAAGCUGCAUUGAGUGAUUUCAUCGCCAGCAAAAAAGCCAAGCAUAGUGAGCAACUCGUGCAGAGAGCCGAAUGCUCCAAAUUAUACCAACCCCUUCUUGACGGCGAGGUCCGGGUCCUCGAGCUUUAUCCGGGUGAGCCCGAUGACCCGUUCAAAGGAACUCUUCAUAUUGUCAGCAUUGACUUCUCAUAUCCAUUGAUGGAGGACAUGAGCUACAAAGGCGAAAGGUACACAAGACACACGAACCACGCUGUGUCGCUUGCCACUGAGAAACCUGUGUGGUACACGGCACUCAGUUAUGUAUGGGGAGCACCUAUCUUCGAUCAGGCAAUAUCGAUUGAACCGGGUUUUAUAAAGAUCACAAGCAGUCUGGCAAGCGCGUUGCGCCAUCUGAGAUCGAUCGAAAAUAGCGUCAUCCUGUGGAUUGAUCAGAUCUGCAUGAAUCAACCGGACAUUGCAGAGAAGGUACAGCAAAUCCCACUGAUGGGAAAGAUCUACACGAAUGCGACCAAUACCCUCAUAUGGCUAGGCGAUGAUGAAGACUCCAGUUCAGUCCUUGCAUUUGAGACGAUGGAGAAUGUACAUGCAAGACUACAGGGAAGCGAUGCGCAAGUAACCCCAGAAGAUUUUGGAAGACUACAUUUCCCUCCAGCUACGGACCGAUCUUGGUGGGCUGUCAAACAGCUUCUCAGGCGGCCCUGGUUUACCCGGUUGUGGACAAUACAGGAAGCAUUCCUUUCCCGCGACUUGUUCAUUGAGUGUGGUCGAGCCAUAGCCUGUUGGGAUGAUUUCGCGGCAUGGUGCUAUUUACUACACGAGUCCAGACUGCUCCAAUGGCUAACAACGAACGAUGCUCUCGAUCGCGAAUAUUCCAAAGGUGAUCCAACAGCCGCCCCAUUACCUCAAGGUGCCACAGUAGUCAAUUCAAUUCAAGCAGAUCGUAUACAAGGCUUGACUCUCGUCCAGAGGGAAUAUCUGCUUAACAUCCUCGUCUCCACGCGGUACGCUCAGGCAACGCAACCGAAAGACAAGAUCUAUGGCGUGCUAGGUAUGGCAGAGUCGAACAUAGUUGCAGAUUACUCACCUGCGGUUACCGAUAGAGAAGUUUUCCACGAAGCCUGCCUCACACAAUUGCCUCUUCUUAUCUACGAGCUGCUGAGUUGCGUCGACCAUGAUCAGCCACUCCAACCAUCGUGGAUCCCUGACUGGGGUUCUCCUCGGGUCACCGAAGCCCUAGGGUACUCGACGAAGGCGUGGACGUUGUAUUGCGCCGGCGGAAGGCCUGUAGCUGGGCAGUUCCCUAAGAUGGCCUUAAGCAAAGACAAGAAGCAGGUCACCCUCGCCGGUAAGAUGUUCGAUACCAUUGUAACGCUUGGUUGCGUAAGUCAGGAUCCGAAGCUCGACAUCGAUAAUCCGCAAUCUGGGAACCGCGAACUGGCUUCAUACGUCAAUAUUGUCCGCGAGGCAAUUGACGCCCAGACCUAUCAUUCAUCUGAGACCUCAAUCUACGGCGCUUUCUUGUAUACUCUUUUAGCUGGACGCGAUGGUUCUGGUGUUGCUCUACCUUCGCAAGACCAUAGCGAAGUCUUCAGCCUGAUUCUCGACUCUACUACGGGACACAUGCACUCCUUGCCUGGUCAAAUAUACAGCCCACGACGCCAGAAAGGGUUCUUCACUUUGAACAGCCUUAGGUCAAGAAAGCCGGCCAAAACAUUAGAAGAUCUGAGGACUGCACUUCGGGCUGCGCUGAAGAUGCGGCGUUUUGUCAUUACCAGACGAGGUUACUUUGCGCUUGUUCCGCGGGGUGCUAAAGAUGGCGAUGAGGUCGUAGUUUUUGAUAGGGCAUGUGUACCCUUCGUGGUGAGAAAGACACUAGACGAUGCUGGGAACACUGUGGGAUACAAGAUGUUGGGAGAAGCGUAUGUGCAUGGUAUUAUGAAGGGUGAGGUUAUGGCGAUGGACGAUGUGAAGCUCGAGGAUGUGACGCUCGUGUAA